UCAUCAUCCCCAUUUAUAGUCUUUUUCUGAAUGUUGAGGUCCUAUCUCCAUUACCUUCCUCUUUCUCCAGUCUCGACCGACUAACUAAAUUCGAAAUCCCAAAUCGCACCACCACUGCCCGCUAGAAGACCGAUUCUGAAUCAGAAUUAAUGGAUUAUAUCACUUGCCUCCACAUCUGUCGCUCCUCACAACUGCGACCUAUCACCAUUGGCUUCUAAGAUUUCAAUCAUUGAAGCCCUAAUGGUCCAAUGGUCCAGAGUCUCUCGUCACUGAAUCUCAACUCAAUGUUAUCCUUGUCGUGGCUCUAUGCCUGUCGAAAUGUCUAGAUUGCGCUGAUCUCCGUCCUAAAGUAGUGGUUUUGGAGUUCUUUCAUUCUAUUCGAACUUCAUUCUGUAAAUCGUUUUGGCUGCAAGCAUUUGGUACUGCUGUGAAUCGUCGUUGGAUUUUGCAGCUGGGGUAACUGAGUUAACGAGCGAGAUUGCGGUGUUGGCUAUCGGUAAUGGAGGAAGAGGAGAUUUGGGUAUUUCUAGGGAUUUUUUGAUUGCCCUGUUUCAAAACUUUCCUCUGAUUAUGGCUUCCGAUGCUGAGAAAUUGAUUUCUUCACAAAGUUCACCUUUUAGUUCAAGCCAAACUUCAGAUCACGUUACCUUAACAGCUAUCUCUCAGACUAUCAUCUUUGGAGUUGUGGUUGAACUUGUGUCUGUGUGAAUUGAUUUGAACAAUUUCCCCAGCUUUAUUUUCUCUGCCCCAUUCUAUUUCUAAGGUUAGUUUCACGUUUAGAUUUCAAUUUUCUUAUUAGUAUAUAUGUUUCAGUCUAGCUCUUCAAUUCUCUACCAUGUAUAUUUAACAGAUUCGUUCUUAUCUGAUGAUGUAAUACAAAUACAGGUUCAUGGAUUUGUUGAAGAUGUUAUGGGGAAAAAUGUUGCUACAAUAUUUGGAAAGUGGGAUGAAAGCAUGUAUUAUAUUAAUGGUGACAGGGGCAACAAUAUGAAAGAUUGUAGUUCCUCCUCUGAUACAUCAUUAUUUUGGAAAAGGACUAUGCCACCGGUUAAUCUCACUCGGUACAACUUAACUUCAUUUGCAAUCAUUUUGAACGAGCUAACGGAAGGUUUGCAGGAGAAGCUCCCACCUACGGAUUCCAGGCUUAGACCAGACCAACGACAUUUGGAGAAUGGAGAAUAUGAGAAGACAAAUGCUGAGAAACAACGUUUAGAGAAAAGGCAAAGAAUGGUAUGCAUGGGACAUUUUUGCAAAAUGGCAUUGUAAAUAGCCUUUCUCACAUACUUGACAUUUCCUCUGUAAGGAAAAUGUCUAUAUUCACGUUUUUUUUCUUCUGUUCUUCUUAUCUCUAAUGGUAUGAUCUGGUGUAUGGGAAAUGCAGUCAAGGAAAUUAUAAGAAAGUGGAUGGAAACCACAAUGGUUCAAAAGAGAAGGUAAAGCUACAUGGGUGGCUAUUGGGAGUCACGCGAGCGAGGAAAAUAGGAUGAAUGUCCCAACAUAUUUGGUGAAUUUGAUGAAGCUCUUGCUAAGAGCCCUUAAAAAAACGUACUUAACUAGAACAAGAAGGCAUAUCAUGACACUCAUGAUCAUUCAGGUAAUAUCUAUCUCAUUCUUCUUUUCUCUUUUCUUGACUUAGACUACUUAUUUUUAUUCAACACUUCAUUAUAUAACAUAAAAUCAUAUCAAAUGGGGGCUGCAUUGCCUUUCACAAUUUGUAUUUAGUAAAGAAAAGCUCUACAGAUUAAAACCUAUUCCGGUUGUUUUUUUUUAAAAAAAAUUAUUUCUUGAAUCGGUCCU